AUGCUUCAAAAUGGUAACGGGAAGGAAAAACCGCCGCAGUCAACAAAGACCGAUGGAACCGAAUCGGAACCUUCAGCCGACAACCCGAAACAGCAGCAGCCGCCAGCUGCGCUCCCAGCCGAGGACACGAAGGGCACCGACACCGGGUCCACUCACUUCCCCAUGCCCGCUUAUCCCAAACUGGAGAUAAAGCGCAACGCAGUGACUGACGACUACAAGGUUUCCAGUCAGGUUCUGGGCUUGGGGAUCAACGGCAAGGUUCUGGAGUGCUUCAACAAGAAGACCGGAGAGAAGUGCGCUCUGAAGAUUCUCUACGACAGUCCCAAAGCCAGACGGGAGGUGGAGCUACACUGGCGAGUGUCUGGUGGGCCGUACAUCGUUCGCAUCCUGAGUCUGUACGAGAACAUGCACCACGGGAAGAAAUGCCUGCUCAUCAUCAUGGAGUGUAUGGAAGGAGGAGAGCUGUUCAGCAGAAUCCAGGCCAGAGGAGACCAGGCCUUCACUGAAAAAGAGGCGUCUGAGAUCAUGAGGGACAUCGGGACCGCCAUCUCGUUUCUCCACAACAUCGACAUCGCCCACAGAGACAUCAAGCCGGAGAACCUGCUGUACACCACCAAAGCCAAAAACGCAGUGCUGAAGCUGACAGACUUUGGCUUUGCGAAAGAGACGACGUUACAUAACCCCCUGCAGACUCCCUGCUACACACCGUACUAUGUGGCUCCUGAGGUUUUGGGUCCGGAGAAGUAUGACAAGUCGUGUGACAUGUGGUCUCUGGGCGUCAUCAUGUACAUCCUGUUGUGCGGCUACCCUCCUUUCUACUCCAACACCGGCCAAGCUAUUUCCCCCGGGAUGAAGAGGAGGAUCAGGAUGGGCCAGUACGAGUUCCCUAACCCGGAGUGGUCCGACGUGUCACAGGAAGCUAAAGAUCUGAUCCAACAGCUACUGAAGACGGACCCGAACGAGAGAAUGACCAUCACUCAGUUCACCAACCACCCCUGGAUCAAUCAGUCCAUGAUGGUUCCCUCCACUCCGCUCCACACCACUCGGGUCCUGAACGAAGAAAAGGAGCUGUGGGAGGAUGUGAAGGAGGAGAUGACCAGCGCCUUGGCGACCAUGCGCGUGGACUACGACCAGGUGAAGAUCAAGGACCUCGACACAUCCAGCAACCCUCUCCUCAACAAGAGGCGCAAGAAGGCCGCGGCGGGGGGGAAGGGCGGCUCCACCGUCUGCCAGAGCCAGUGAGACGACGAGGAAACUCUGUGGAGAGUCCUGACUGAACAGCGUCAGCCGAGGAAGAGGAGCAGCUUCGGACAUGGAGUUAGGAAGCACCGGAUGACGUUACUCAGAGGGCCGGUCUGAACCUCCGAGACUGGAAGUUGAAAUGCACCCUGGGAAGAAUUAAAGCUGGACAUUCGUUCCUGUCAGUGGUAGAAACCGACAGCUCUGCUCGCUGUGGGUUUGUCUGUGUUAAUUAUUUUAAUUUGUGGAUUUAUUAUUUUUUGUAGCACUAGGUGUGCAGACACAACGUAUCUGCGGUGAUAUUUUUGUGUAUUUGAAUGCCUAAAACCUCCUUUGGAGCAAUUGUGAAGAUCACAAAGAAACAAACUGCACAAAGAGAGAAAGAGAGACUGUGAAGCACUCCUCAUUGCCUGUGUUGUCUUAACUUUGUCCUUUGCUGCUUUCCUUUCAGAAUUAAAACCCAGUCUCCCGCCGACUGUCCCGUUAUUAAAAUGUAGCCUCCGUAUCGACCUACAGUUCCGUCAGAAGUAAUAUUUUUCACUGAAGCAGCAAUAAACAUAGCGUCAUGUUCA